AUGCACGGCACCUGCAAGUGCCUCGAGUCCAGCCGGUUCCAGACUUCCAGGGAGAACGCCGGCUUCGUCUCCCUGCACCUCGAGCUCGACGAGCCCGCGGCCGCCCCCGCCAAGGACGUCCUCGCCGAGGUCACGUUCUCCCUGGUCCGCCACCCCGGCGCUCCGGCGUCGCUGCUGCCGCCGCACAGCGGGAGCUUCACGACCACCUAUAACAGGGUCGGGAUCAGGCGCCGGGGCUUCGGGAGGUUCCUCGCCAACCAAAAGCUGGACUGGUUCUCGGGGUACCUCAGGGACGACUGCGUGGCCGUCCGGUGCGACAUCACCGUCGUCGAGAAGUCGCCGGCGAGGGAGGAGGAGGAGGUCGCUCAGGCGCGUGUCGUGGAGAUGCUGGGGCUACUCUGCGACUGCAAGGACGAGCUGUGCAAGCGUCGUCACGCUAGGGCCGCGCGGAGGGCCUUCGUCGGCUUGGGGCUCAGGCAGGCGUUGGUCAAGUUCUUCCUAAGGUGCUUUCAUGUUUGA